CGCUCUCUCUACACUCCGGAAUGCUCGGAAACUCAAGAGUGUUGUUGGAGUGUGCCGUUCGAUUAUUCAGAGCGCCACACCCCGGGAGUGCCGGAGUGUCGCUCUGACAAGAGGAGACAGACCGGUCGGAGCGGCAGGCAGGACGAGAUGUUUGUUUACAAGCAAAACUGACACAUUCAAUAUGGCAGACGCACUGACGUAUCCGUGCCAAUGGCCAACACGCUCGUUCGUAAAUUAACUGCGCUCUCAGGGUACGUUCGGAAUUUCACUCCAAGCGCGCUCUCUACACUCCGGAACGUUCGGAAACUCAGAACAUUGUUGGCGUGUGCCGUUCGGUUAUUUAAAGGGCCACACGCUGAGAGUCCCGCCUCUCGGACAGAAGCGAGAGCGUCAGGUUGAAUUUCCGAACGUACCUUAGAUGAACGGGAACGUCAAGAUGGCGUAGUACGAGUAUCUGGUAGGCGAAAAGAAAAACGUUAACGCUGAUUCCAUUUCUAAACCUUGCAUUUAAAAAAAAAAAAAAAAAAAAAAAAAAAAAAAGGGUUUAACUCUCUUCAGUUCCUACGAUUUAGUUUCCGAAACCACCAGAAAAGAAGGCUGCAAUUUCACGCAGCAUGGAUGGGAACCUUCUGUUGUCAGCCUGACUGUUAGCAAGUUUAUGAUUAGCAAGCCGUCUCUUAGCUGUCUGUUCUGUCACACUGGCUCGGAUUGUCUUGGUGCUUAGUCGUAUAGGAUCUAAAUUGUCCGACGUUAUUAGCGUGGCCAUGACCGGUAAACGAUCCCCGAAUAUCACCCAAGUGCGCCAAGCUACCCAAUAUAGAACAAAACGAGCUAAGUCAGGUGUGGCUCUGAUGUAACUGAGCUUCAUUGAUAUUCCGUUGUAAAGUUUCAAGCAUUCCUGAACCUUACUCAGGACAAGUGUUUGGAAACAUCAGCUUCUCCUUGGAGGGUAACUCUUAACCGCUCUUGAAUUCAAACACUGCAUAUCACAAUCAAGGUACUGUUCCUGCAACUUUUUGGACGAAGUGGACAUGGACAAGAUUUCAACGUGAAUCAAGUUAAUGUCAAAUUUGGAACAGUGCACUGCCAUAAGUAGGACUGCAUGAUUAUGGGCAAAAUAAUAAUCACGAUUAUUUUUGAUCAAUAUUGUCACUAUUAUUCUUCAUGUUAGGGACAAAUCUUUUUAUUUUUAAAGAAGGUUUAUUGCACCACUUUUCAACAAACUAUGUAACAGUUUGCAGUGCAAAAUGAAUCUUUAAAUAAGAAUAAAGUACAGAUAAUAAUACAAAAUAAAUGUACCCCAAAAAAUUCGACUUUACCAAGGCCUAACUGAGUCAAUAUGCUAUUGCAACUUGCAGUCAUGAAUUGCAGCUUAACGGAAGCAAAUACAGUUUAUGCAUAGAAGGCAAUAACAUUAGUUUGCAAGUACUGAUUUUUCAUUUAAAAGUCCCCGUCAAUUUCGCGAAUGGUCAAGGACGGGUACGUCUCUGUUGUUCUGCUUGACCAUCGGUCAUUCGUGCACGUUCGCAAACUGCAAAGAACGCGCCAGUUGUGAUUUCUCUCUCUAUUUACUUCUUUGCAUUUUUGACUGCGCUCAGGCCAGUUGGAGUCAAAGCACCCGCGACAAUGAUUGUUAAUACUACAGUAUGACUUCAGGCCUUUUCGCACCGUAGUCGGCGAUGCGAUUGACACCCCAUCUUUUCCAUUCAUUGUGUGUGUGCUGAGGGGUUGACAGCGCGUUUUGCCAUCUUGCGGGGAGGGGUGGCUCUGUGGAGCCAUUCCGAGUAGAGAGAAGUUCUCUUUCGAAGGCGAUAUCGCAGACAUGUCCGAAUGGUGCUCGAACGGGAGAGGGGUUGGCAGAGUCAUUUCCGUGUACUUUUUUUUUUGGUGGACGUACUAUAGGGAAACGAACAAGCCGAAACUCUCAAAGGUCCUGAUGAGCCAUUGGGAUGGGGUGCACCUAUUUCCUUUUUUUAUUCUGCAACUCGUCUCCUCGUCCUCCUUAAAAUGCGCAAUCCCAAGACUUUCUUUUGCAAAAAAGACCAAAGUUGCUGAGGUGCGGUGUACUUCUCCAUCAGGAAAACUUUCCUGUUACUUCCUGGUAGCAGUCUACAUCAGCACUUUCAAAUUUGAGAAUGCUGCACCAGGGCUGUGUGGUCGCUGUUGCUGUGACACGCGGUCCUUUCACAGGGUCAUUGCUGUACAAACUUCAACUGUUGACUGGUGAAGCAACCUUUCAUAAAGAACCAGCAUGAAUCUCCAGCACCCUGGGCCCCAAAUUCCUCCUGUUCACCCUGAUGUUCAGAUGAAGUCUCUGCCUUUCUAUGAUGUUCUGGAUAUCCUCAUCAAGCCCUCCAGCUUAGGAGCAAGUACUGCACAAAGAUACCAUCAAGAAAAGUAUUUUAUCUUUGCCUUGACGCCGCAGCAAGUUCGAGAAGUAUGCAUAUCCAGGGAUUUUCUUCCAGGUGGCAGAAGGGAUUAUAUGGUUCAAAUUCAAUUAAGGUUUUGCUUGUCAGAGACAAGUUGCCCACAAGAAGACAACUACCCAAACGGUGUCUGCAUAAAGGUCAAUGGAAAACUUUUUCCUUUACCAGGUUAUGUACCACUCCCCAAAAAUGGUGUGGAACAAAAGAGACCAGGAAAACCUCUAAACAUUACCUCACUAGUGCGACUGUCCUCUGCAGUACCCAAUCAGAUUUCAGUGGCAUGGGCACCUGAAAUUGGAAAGACCUACUCCAUGUCUGUGUACCUAGUGAGGCAGGUAACAUCCCCACUGCUCCUGCAGAGGCUGAGAAUGAAGGGCAUCAGAAACCCAGACCACUCCAGAGCACUAAUAAAAGAGAAGCUGACUGCAGAUCCAGACAGCGAAGUUGCUACAACAAGCCUUCGAGUCUCCCUCAUGUGUCCGUUGGGGAAGAUGCGACUUACGGUUCCGUGCCGAGCGGUGACCUGCUCUCAUCUGCAAUGCUUCGAUGCUGCACUCUACUUACAAAUGAAUGAAAAGAAACCGACCUGGAUCUGUCCUGUCUGUGACAAGAAGGCCACAUAUGAAAGUCUCAUCAUUGAUGGUUUAUUCUUGGAGAUCCUGAAUGACUGUUCUGACGUGGAUGAAAUCAAGUUCCAGGAGGAUGGUACUUGGUGUCCAAUGAGACCAAAGAAAGAACCUGUCAAGGUCUCAUCUCAGUUGAUUACAAAAAUCGAGUCCUCGGCUUUUUUGCGACAAUCUUUGAUGGCUCCACAUUCUGCUGAGCCCUGUCCCACCAAGAAGACUGAUGUCAUUGAUUUGACUCUGGGAAGCUCAUCCUCCGAUGACGACGACGAUAGCACAGAUCCUCCUCUUAAGAAACGCUGUGUUUAUGUUUCAAAAAAUGAGGACAUGCAUGCAAAGGGAGUAUUGCCCUAUCAGCCUUCCAAUUUGCGCGUGCCAACUGUUCAGGCCUUGGACCCAUCAUAUCUGACCUCAACACUAGCUGAUUAUGCAGUACCCUUCCACCAAACCUUGGCUACCAUCCCCACAGAUAUGCAGAGCCUGGAUUUGUUUUCUUUAAUUCAAGCGGAUCCUCAGAACAUCAUCAACCAGCAGCUACCUGCCCUGGACGACAUCUACACUUCCCAUUGCCUGAAAAAGACACACAACAUCCUAAAGGACUCAUUCCACCCUGCCCAUCACAUACAGUGGCAUUACAGGCCUCAGAUGUUUCUGGAAAACCUGACAAGUACCAUGCAGAGUGUCACUUCAGCUAGCACGAGCUCCGCCCUGGUUUCAUCGUCCACUAGCCGGUACGAAACCAACUCCCACACAGCUGGCUCCGUCCAUGAGACCCGGGGCGUCACAGGAGGAAGAGGAACUGACAAGAUAUCUGAUAUUAUUUCACUAGACUGAGCCACGUUUUACUGGACUUUUGCUUCAAUGAUCAUUUUCUAGCGCCCUUUUUUAUUCUAAAGAAACUGAAAGAAAUGGUUUUUUUUCUGCCUUUUUAAAAAAAACAAAAAAAAACAACAACAACUUACUCCCUUUUUAUGUCAUUACGUGACAAAUGAAUCAACAGCCAAGGAUGACAACUGACAACAUAAACAUUUUACCAUUUAUUGUCCUUUUGAAAUAGUGAUUUCAUUUCAGACAGAACACAUUUCUUGACCAUCGAACAAGCCCCAUGAGCUCUAAAAUAUUUAGUUUGUGCCAUUUUUAAUUAGACCCCUAUGGAUUGCCGGUGUUCCAAAAUCACAUGCCGCAGUCGCUCACUCGAAAUAAGUGAGGAUUAACAUGGUUUAUUGUGUAACUACUCUAAAUACCAUAUAAUGGGGGCUACUUGGGAAAUUUAAGUUAAACAGAUUAUUUGUGCACUCACACACCAUGCAGAAAUAAAGUAUUAUUGGCAUCCAAUUUGAGCCCUUAUUGGUACCGCACACACAAAUAUUUUGUUAAUUUAAUCCAGGAGUUAUUAAACCACAUUCAUAUUUUGAUGUUGUCAUGCUGUAAAACUAAUGUUCCAUUAAAGACCCUGU